AGCAUGACUUUUCUCUGUAUUCCUCACCUCAUAUUGGCGGGACUCAUGGGGAUUUACGGUGAAGUUAUUACAGUCAGUAAAGUUUCAGUAGAGGCUGGAGGCUCCAUCUCUAUACCAUGCCUCUAUGAGCAGCACUACACAAACCAUGUCAAAUACUUGUGCAAAGGAAAUUUUUGGUUGCUCUGCAAUGAAGUAAUUUAUACAGACGAAAUUAAACCAGGAAGGUUUUCCAUCUCUGAUGAUGUUGACAAAAGAAUCUUCACUGUGACAAUUAAUGAUCUCAAAAUAACGGACAAUAAAUUCUGGUGUGCUGUGAAGAUUGAGAACGGCGUUGAUGUUAAAAAAAGUUUUAAACUGUCAGUCACUACAGGUAUGUCUGGUAUCAGUAUAAACCGACAGGAAAUCACAGGAUUUGAAGGAGGAAGUGUGACUGCUACCUGCCACUACAAAAAUACAGAAGUACCAAAGUGGUGCAGAUUAGGUAGCAUCUGUGCGACAGCUCAAGCUGGAUCAAUCGAUGGAACAACUGUGCAUAUAAAUACAAGUGUCCCUAAUGUUUUCGAUGUAAUGAUGAGCGAACUGAGCCCAGAGAGCAGCGGCUGGUACUUCUGUGCCAGUGGGGACUUCCAGAUGCCAGUGCAUGUGACUGUUAACAAACUAACCCUAACUACAGUGACCCCCAGUAUACCAGGGAUGCUUCCUACCACUGACCAGAAUACCUCCUUCCUCACGAGUCCUGAACCAUAUGCAGCUGAGCCCACAAACUCCACCAUAAGCGGAACAGGUGGCGAGAGCCUGCAAGAUGAAAACAUGAGUUUCACGAUUAAGGUGACGAUUAUUGCAAUCACCCUCGUCUCACAGCUGUUCAUAAUUCCUGCGGCCUUUUUUGGAUUGAGGAUGAUAAUCCGUAAGAAAAGCAAAGAAGAAUGUGACACCACUAUGGUUUCACAGGUUGAUGACCCAAAUGUUCUCUAUGCUACCCUGGCUCAUAAUCAACAUGGACACCAUGGACAAGCACAGACAACGCAGGACUGUAUGCCCCCGGAGGAUGUGACAUACAGCACUAUUGCGAUGAAGAAAAAUGUGCAAGAAACGACUGAACCGGCAGAUGGAAGAAUCCACAGCUUAACUUCAGUCAGUAAAGUACAAGUGAAGGCUGGAGAUUCUAUAUCUAUCCCCUGUCUCUAUUCCAUGCAAUAUGUAAACCUCGUAAAGUACUUGUGUGAAGGAUAUUACUGGAGAUACUGUAAAUAUGUCACUCAAACAGACCAGCCACAAAAUUCAGGGAAGUUUUCAAUCUCUGAUGACAAACAAGGAAUCUUCACUGUGACUAUAAGACAGCUGACAAACAGAAACUCUUAUUUCUGGUGUAGUUUCCAGUACCCUGGAGGGUCCUACGAGAGAACGUUUUUCGAACUGUCAAUCACCGGUGGUACGCCCAGUCUCUAUGUGGACAAUCAGAAGGCUACGGGAUUUAUCGGAGAAAACGUAGCCAUCAGCUGUCACAGUACUUCAAGAGAAAUUGCUUGGUGCAGGAUUGGCGGCAAAUGUGUGACGAGCCCAUCUGGAUCAAUAGACGGAACGGCAGUGAACAUAAAUAAGACGGGGCAUGACGUUUUUACUGUAACUAUGAGUGAACUGAGACAGCAGGACAGUGGCUGGUACUGGUGUAAAAGUGGAGACCUUCAGAUGCCAGUGCAUGUUACAGUUACUGAGAAGCCUACUACAUUUUCCACCAUUCCUUUCAAAGACAUCACAACACCAGGUGAAAUAGGACGACACAGCACAAAUUCAUUUGACCUAAAGAUGCUCAUCAUCCCUCUGGGUUUGCUGAUCCUGAUUGUGAGUUUGACUUUUCUCGUCUGGUUCAUGUUGAAGCGCAAGCAUGCCAAAGCAGAAUCAUCAUCAGCAACGACCAAGGCAGAUGAGGAAGUGGCAUACUGCAAUGUCACCCACAGGAGGAAAAGUUCAGUCCAGAUGUCACCUGUUAAAAGCGAUGUGGACAUCCUAUACGCUUCUGUGGUUGCCAAAAAGAACAGGAUUGUAGAAAGGCAUAAUGAAGCAAAUGCUACAGAUGUCACAUAUAGCACACUGGCAGCUCCGCAACACCGGCACAUUUAAAUGUUACAGCUGUUUGUAUAUAACUGGAACUCUUCUCAUCACUACUUUUUUUUAAAAGAUUUAUUUUAAAAAAAAGAAGAAGUGUCUGUAUGUUUGCCGAAGACAUUUAGUUUGUGGUUUCAUUGCAAUAUUUAUACACUCAUUAAUGACCUAUUAAUCUACAUCUAUUUUCAGCCUGUGUGGGAAUUCAUUGUGUAUAGUAAUCCCUUUAUAUAUAUAUAUUUAGCAUGUAUUAAGUGAUGUUGUGUGCUUAGUGAACGUUGCCAAGUUCCCUGUGGUUAAAAGAAGCUGAUUGUGCUCUACAGAAAAGCUUUCUGAAUAUUAUACUACAGUACAUCAUAUGACAUUUUGUAUUUGCUAUGUGUUUAAUGUUACACCAAUUCUGCAAUGAAAUAGGAUACCACAUAUAUUCAGCUACAUAAUAAAAGAAAAUGUAACAUAAACACACAUAUGUAUGAGUAUUUUUGAAUAGUUUAUACAUGCCUGUAUGUGUACGUUACUGCGUUGAGUAAUCUUGUGAUUUAAGAUUAAGGUACAUUUAAAGACCUAGGCUGACACUGUUUUUUUCACAUGAUAAUACUUUUAUUUAUUUAGACAAGAGUAUUGAAGGAAUUAAGAUUCAUUUACAAACUGUUAUUUUCAGACUGCAAAUAGCAUGUGUUUUAACAUCCAUUCUGCAUUUGUGACAUAUUUAUUGAGCCAGUCUGUUAUGGCCAGGACUCCUUUCUCUGCUAUGGUCUGCUGGGGAAACAGCAUUGCAGCCAGUGACACAACAUACUGAAUAAACUAAUUAAGAAGG